AUGAAUGAUGUUGUAGUGUUCCCACAACAUGGACCACGCCCACAUCCAGAUGAAAUGGCUGGUUCGGAUUUGGAUGGAGAUGAGUAUUCAAUCAUUUGGGAUCAGCAGUUGCUGCUGGACAAGAAUGAGGAUCCAUUUGAUUUCACUUCAGAAAAACAGAAAUCAUCGUUCAAAGAAGAAGAGAUUGACGGUCUGAUGCGCGACUUCUAUGUAACGUAUCUGAAAUUGGAUUCAGUCGGUACAAUUUCCAACAGCCAUCUCCACAAUUCCGAUCAAUACGGUCUGAAUUCACGUGUAUGCAUGGAUUUAGCGAAGAAGAAUUGUCAAGCUGUCGACUUCACAAAAUCCGGAAUACCGCCAGAGGAAUUGGAGAAAAAAUGGAGAAAAGACGACGAGACGGGCGAGAUGAUUCCACCGGAACGAGCAGAACGAGUUCCAGAUUAUCACAUGGGAAACGAUCAUAGUCCAAUGUAUGUUAGUCCUCGGUUAUGUGGAAAACUGUUCCGUGAAUUCAAAGCCAUCGACGAUGUGGUGAAAAUCUCCGAGGAGCGAGACGAGCAAAUUGAGAUUUCAAUAGAUCCGACGAUGACGAUUGAUGGAUACGAAGAGUAUAUGCAGAGUGCCAGAGAAGACUUGGCGAGAUAUAAUGCACAGUUGAGAUCAGUGAUGGAGAAUUAUGGAAUUAAAACGGAAGGCGAAAUCUUCUCUGGAUGUAUCGUGGACAUGCGUAAUCGAAUUUCGGACAAAGAUCAAGACGAUAUGUCAUUUUACAACACAAAUCAACUGAUCGAGACCAAAGUUUCCAAUUUGUUCAAAAAGUACCGAGAACACUUUUUCGACGAAUUCGAUGGCGGAUGGCAAACGAAUACCGAAUGCACACGCAAUGGCAACGAAACGAACAUUCUCCAACGACAGUGCCGUGCUCCAACUAAUAAAAUGAUGAGGAAGGCGGUGGCCUGGUAUAAAGCAUGCUAUGAGGAGGCUCGUGUCACUAGAGAGAACAAGAAGUUGUCAUUUGCAUGGUUGGCGUACGAUGUGUUGGCAUCGGUGAAACAGCAGAGCUGUUUGGCGGCAGAUGAGAUUAUCUUGGGUGGUGCAAAUCCGCUGUAUACAAUGAUGGAUGCUCAUAGAAAACAGUAUCUGAGUGAUAACUCCCGAUUGUUUGAGGAUUAUCGUCAAUUUUCAACAGAAUCAAAAGAUGGGAAACAAGUGAGAAGAGCGGUGAAAAUAGUUCGGAUGUAUGUGGAAGCGAUUCAAGGAUUGGACGAAGUUCUAUUUCUAUUGGAUGAAUGGGCUCGGGUAUCGAAACUUUUCGAUAAUCAACCGCUUCGAAGCUACCAUUUCUCACUUCUUUUCAUUCUUUUUGCUACGAGGCAAUACUCAUCGGUUGACGGAAAUGCUGCCGCGUUUUUCAAGAAAAUUGAUGAGAAACAAUGGAAAUUGAAAGACAAUGAGAACGAGAUGAGUACAAUUCUUACGGAGAAGGAGAAAUCGACGAUGACAGUCAAAUUUCUGGAAUUCCUCGCUUCUCGAAAGUUCCGUAAAAUGUCGAAUCUCUCGUUCCGUCCGCUCAAUUUCUCGUCAAUCUUCAUGCGUGGCGAAUGGCAAAUCUUCCACGAGGCAGCACUCAAAACCUACUAUAAUGUGUUGUUCAAUUUGCGAUUCGAGGAGCUUCCCAUCUCCACCGACCCGACAGUGACGAUUCGAUCGAUUAUUCGGGAGAACGAGCCGUUUGUCAUUGAGUUACCGGUUGACGCCGACCGCACCCUUGUCCAUCGUAAACUGAUUGAGCAUACGGGAGUUGAGGAGGUCUGCAUGCGAAACAUGGAGAAGUCAGUCCGCGCGUCUGAUGGGCCACAGAAAUCUAAUAUCAAAUACCUCGUGUCGACACGUGGAACUCUCGAAGCAAUGCACAAACUGCGUCAACUCGUCGCUGUCAAAGUGCCCAUCAAGACUUACGUGACAGGACAAGAUAUUUCAAUUCAAAUGGCUCGUCUGUGCUAUGAGAAGAUUAUCAAGGGACACAUCAACACCUAG